AUGAACAACAACACCUUCUCCGGUGCUGGACAGAUCACUGUCAACAACAACAAUUACCACGGCGGUCGUGGUCGUGGCGGUGGUCGUGGUCGUGGCGGCGGUGGUGGCUCCUCCACCACCGGGGGCAAGGUGUCCAAGAGGGAGAUGAAGCGCAUCGAGCGCACUGCUGGCUGGAUCCAGCAAGACACCCCCCCUCGCCAGCAAGAUGACACUCCCCAACAAGACGCCACUCCCCAAUCCCGAGAACGCUCGCAGGACGCCCCCCUCCCCCAUCCCCGAGAGCGCCGCGAGAGGGAGGAAAAGGAUGUUGAGAUGGAAGGCGCCUAA